CGCGCGCUAUAACAGCUGCGCAGUUUCGCCGACGUAUAUGACCGAAUUUCUCAACGCAUUGCCUCGACCGCUCUCGGGAUCUCGCGUUUUUGGUCGAAUACGUGCAUUCUUGGAAGAAAUGUAGACGCGACGAGUCGGUGACUUCACAAAUUCCCUGAGUGACUGCUUUGUGGCAGAGCGCUUGCGUGAUGGCCGAGGAACGGCGCGAAAAUGGCUCCGGACACCAGGAACUCUCCCCGAAGCAAAGGUGCGCAACAUGUGCGCUUCACUGGUUCGCAUGGAUUGCCAUCUCCGUGUACGCAGUGUGGCAUUUCUCCGCCAGCGAAGUUAAUACGAGCCUUCCGCGGACGUUGAGUCACGUGACGGCCCACUGGCUCAUGGAGAGCCCGUACUUCGGCGUCGACAGAUACUGGGACCUCUCUGACCGAGAAUGGAGGGAAGGCCGGCAGUACCUCGUCUCAACUUGGCCCUGGCUUCUGCUGCACUCCGUCAUCGGUCGAGUCCUCACUCACGUGGUGCCGUCGGUGGUUCCCGGGUACCACGCUGCCUACUCCCUGCUUUUCGUGUCCCUCACGCUCGGCUGGCACAGCGCCGCUUUCUUCGUCCUCGAGCACGCAGUAUUCUUCGCGCUCACCUGGGUCGGCGUCCCCGCGCUGUGCUACGUGGUGGCCAUAAUGAUGGUGACACACUACGACGUGUUCAAGUACGACUUUUUCCAGAUUGUGCUCGAGACGCGCGGAGAUCACGAAUACUACGUCACCGCUGUGUCCUUCUACUGGACGGUGCUUCGCUGCUGUAGCUUCUGCCUGGACAACAUCCGUAGGACCGCGGACGGUGCCGCACCCGCCAGGGGAAAGCGCAACCACUUGGCCGACUACUUCAAGACGCUGGCAUACGCUGUGUACUUGCCUACGCUCUACCUCGGGCCCGUGCAGAACUACAGCGACUUCGCCACUUCGAUGGAGAAACCGAAGCCGUCGCUCACAGUUCGUGAGCUCGGCACGCUGACCACUGGCCUUCUGCGUUCUGGUGCCCACUUUCUGCUCAUGGAUUUGUUGUGCCACUACUUUUACUGCGCCGCAUUGAUUAAGGCGCCUUACCUGGUCUCAGAGCUGGACGUGACGAGCCUGGUGGGACUGGGCGCCAUUCUGAACGUCAUGUUCUACAUGAAGUAUCGCAUACAGUACGGCGUCUCCGGCGGCUGUGCCAGAAUUGAAGGCCACACCCUUCCAGCGCCUCCAAAAUGCAUCGCUAGGGGGCACCUGUGUUCACACUUCUGGAGGUAUUUUGAUCAUGGCCUCCACCUGUGGAUCAAAAAGUACGUGUACGGUCCCAUAGUGGGCUCCGAAAGGAAAACGCCGUGGCGACUCCUGGGUAUCGCUGCCGCCUUCACGUGCGUCUGGGUCUGGCAUUCGAUGACCACAGCGGUCACAUUUUGGGCGACGCUCAGCUUCACCGGCAUCGCACUCGAGGUGACCAUGGCUCGCAUCAAGAGGCUGGACUGCGUCAAGAGCUUUGAGGCCAAGUAUCUGAGCCCCGAGAGAACAAGAAUUGCGAAGGCCAUUCUGGGAUCUCCCCACUACCUGCUGACCAUAACGGCGUGCAUGUUUUACCUGGUCGACAUGAAGAUCACCACCAUAUUCUUCAAGAGAGUCAUUCUCGGAUUUCCGGUGCCUCUACUUCCGGUGCUGCUUACCCUUUACUUCGGAGCCUACGCCUCGCAAGAUGUAAUGGAGAGGGAGGCUGAGGCGGCUGCUGCGAAAGUUAAAGAACCGCAAGUCGUUUCGGACGCAAGAAGAAGCGACUUCGCAGUCGCAGACUCGGCAAGCGUCUAUGCAGAAGCCAACGCACUGAAACUAUAAUUCGCGGAAGUGCCUUUAAAGGGACACUAUGGACAGGAAAAAAAAAAAAGAAAACCGAUUUCGUUCGCAUUACAACCUUAAAAAAUCAUGUCAGCUCCGUCCACAGCCUUCGCCGCCCCUCCCACAGAGAACUUGCGUGAAUGCUCCAACCAAUGGCGCGUACUCAUUUUAGUGACGUUAAGCACUUCUCGAGUGUCCCAGAUAGUUGAAUUUACCAUAGAAACACACAUUUGUGUCUCUGGUUUUAGGUCGGAAGCUUGAACGACCUGGUAACUUUCGUCAGGGAUUCUGUCAUCGCUGUUCAGCCAACCGCAAUUUUUAAGUGGUAACGAAGGACCAUUAAUUCUCAAUAUGCGUACUAUUUACAUUAACCGAGAAAAAUGACUAACGGUUCGAGCAGAAACCAAAUAGCAUGACUGUCUUUGACAGGUGAAUGGCAGGCGCACCGCGGUUCUAUGGGGGGAAAGAGAGAGAGAAAAAACUUUAUACGCUUACACUUUUUUCUUAGGUUCUAACCGCGUGUAGAACUUUAGAAGGCAGCGGCAUUUCCACCCCAAAGACGGAUGGACACAAGCCUGCACGAAUGAGGCUGACGUCACAAGCCGCAUGGCCCCGCCGUCGAAGACAAUGUGCCAGUACACGAGCGGUGUUAUUUCUUCAGUCACAGAGGCAAUCGGCUGCCGGGGUUUUGUCAUGUGGGCGGUGCCUUUCCUGCCUUCUUAAUAGAAGGUUGUGGAAGAGUUGUGCUGGUUCAUCGUCACCAACGGAAACAUCGCGUCAGUAAAGAUAGUACAGAUACUACAGGAAACCUGUAUGGUUUUCCUUCGUGUAGCUUCGUGCUACAGCUAGAUGGCAGACAGUUUUUUUUUCUUUCGUAUCUGUACCCUAUACUGCAUAUCCUCAUCAUCUCUCCUCACCGUACUCUUUUCGUCGUCUGACAUUUCAUUUUCUGAGCAGUGUAGCAGGUGAGACGGCGUCUGCCCCAGGCUCAUACUCUGCUUUUCACAACACAAACAUUUCUGUCGCUUCUCAUCUGAUUUUCUAUCCUCUUUAUAGUUUGACCGAGCUUACAGUUUACAUACUGACAGCUUACAUUCUGAGGUAUGAAUAUGAAGCAUCAAGGCGAGAGGCAUCAAGGUAUAUUGAAGUAUCAAGGCGAGAGGAACAACAUUGCAAUGGAUAUCAAAAUGCCCCUUGCAGUCUGUAUGAUAAGGUGCUGCUCACCACCAGAAAUGGGAACAGAGGUGCGAUCUGGCAACACACUUGGGCGACGGAGGAAGGUCAAUGCCCUCUAUUCUGGCAAAGGCUCGCGGUACGCCUUACUGCACGAGGUGGUUGAUGAAGAACAUCACGUUCAACGUCGCACCGAAGCCCAACAAGGCGGUGAGGUUGAGCCUUGAGACGAGGUACGGCGCCUUGGAAAGCGCUGAACUGCGUCAUCAUAAUCGUAAUCAUCAUCAUCAUCACCAUCAUCGUCACCAUCAUCAUCAUCAUCAUAAUCAACAACAACAACAACAAAUACAACGUCAGCCUAUUUUAUGCUCACUGCAGGACGCUGCUGUCUCCCAACGAGAUCUCCAGUUUGCCCUACAUUCUAAGAAAAAAAAUAUAAAACAGUAUUACUCUUUCCGGUUAGUUCUGACUUGCCGCAUGUAUGACUCAUUAAAGAGACGCGUUAACUUUCUUUUGGGUCCCACUACCCUCCGACGAGAGUAUAUGCGAUCUGCAACAGAGAGUUCAAGUGUCUCUUUAAAGAGAGUCGUAUGCGUGACAAGUCAGGACUAACAAAAAAGUGUAAAAAUGACUCUUUUCUCCUUUUUGUAGAGUGUACCUCAUAAAAGUUGAUUUCAUUUUGUGCCCGUGAACUUCUCAGACAGCGCUGAACUGUACAUGUCGAGCUAACAUAGAGUUAUAAAUGCUUUUUAGCA